AUGAAGCUCGUAAGAUUCUUGAUGAAACUGAACAAUGAGACGGUGACGAUCGAGCUUAAGAAUGGGUCGGUGGUGCAUGGAACGAUAACUGGCGUCGACAUGCAAAUGAAUACUCACCUAAAAACUGUGAAAAUGACGACACGGAACCGGGAUCCCGUUUCUCUUGAUGCAUUAUCCAUUCGCGGCAACAAUAUUCGGUACUUCGUGCUACCUGACGCCCUUCCUCUUGAUACUCUACUCGUUGACGAUGCACCGAAACCUAAAAGCAGGAAGAAAGAGGAUGCAAGGGGACGGGGACGUGGAGGAAGGGGUGGUGUAGGUGGUGGCGGCGGCGACCGUGGUGGUGGUGGUGGUGGUGGUGGCCGUGGUGGACGGGGAAGAGGUAGAGGUCGUGGCAGAGGUUUCUAG